UUUGCACACAACAGCAUUCAGAAUGCAAGGAAUCUACCUCCUUGCCUUAAAUAAAUAGCCGAAGGAUCUAAAAGAAAACAAAGCUUGGAAAUAGAAAGAAGAAACGAUACAGAUAAAGAAAGACAAAGAGAGAGGAUCUCUGAUUGAACAUUUGGCAGGGGGACUUGAUGUGUUGUUAUCUGAGUGUUGUCUUACUGCCUGAUCUGAGUAUCUGGUAAUUCCAGUCCUCUACUCUCCAUCCCUGUGCAUUUAAGGUCAUGGGGUGGCUGAGAAAACCAGUGCUGCCCUUAUGCACGCUUCUCUGUUUACUUGGUGCUGUAGAGCUGGCUGUCCCUCUGGAAGAAUUCUACCCAUUCGGCCCCGGUGAAGGUGACUCCCAGACUGUGGAACAGGAUGAUGGAGGCUCAGGACUGGUGGCAAUAUCUGUGGCUUUCCCUUUCUUUGGAGAACGGCACACUGGACUUUAUGUCAACAACAAUGGCCUUCUGUCUUUCCUGAGGGAGGUGUCCCAGUUCACUCCAGUGGCAUUUCCUAUUGCUGGAGAUCGCAGAGUGGUGGCUCCAUUCUGGGCAGAUGUUGACAACCGGCAUACAGGAACUGUCUUUUACCGGGAGAGCAAAAAUCCUGUGAUCCUGUUAAAAGCCACAGCAGAUAUAAGCUGUUACUUUCCAGAGGUUUCUAGAUUUGUCAGUACAUGGGUGCUGAUUGCUACCUGGUAUCAAGUCACAUUUUUCGGCGGAUCUUCAGUUACUCCGGUGAAUACAUUUCAAGUAGUGCUCAUCACAGAUGGUGAGCUUUCCUUUACCAUCUUUCAGUACAACAAUAUAACGUGGACGACAGGGAUGCAUGCUUCCAGUGGUGGUGACCUAUCUGGCUUGGGGGGAAUUGCUGCACAGGCAGGUUUUAAUGCUGGUGACGGAAGGGGCUAUUUCAACAUCCCAGGCUCUCGGACAGAUGACAUUGUUGAAGUUGAGACCACCACUAAUGUGGGACAUCCUGGCCGUUGGGUGUUUCGUAUCGAUGAUGCUCAAGUGCAAGUGGGUGGCUGCAAUGACUCAGCCUCUGUCUGCCCUAACUUGAGGCCUUGUCAAAACGGUGGCCGCUGCAUUAAUGACUGCAUUACUGGAAAUCCCUCUUUCACAUGCUCAUGUCUGGCUGGCUUUACUGGACGUAGGUGCCAGAACGAGGUUGAUGAGUGCUCCUCAUUCCCCUGUCAGAAUGAAGGCACAUGUGUGGACAAGAUUAACUCCUUCAUCUGCUUGUGUCCAGUGGGAUUCAAAGGGCCAACCUGUGAAACAGAUAUAAACAAAUGUUUAUCCACACCAUGUUUAAAUGGAGGUGUGUGUGAAGACUUGGUAAAAAACUACACCUGCACCUGUACAGCGAACUUCACUGGAAGCCAUUGUGAAACAGAAUUGAUUAUCAUGGAAAACUCCUCAGGUACUGAUGCCGCUAAUCUGUCAGAUUGUCUCUGUCAGAAUGGAGGUGUUUGUGUUGAUCGGAAUGGCACAUGUGAAUGUCCGAGAGGCUUCACUGGACUCUUCUGUCAGUUUGAAGUAACUCAAACACCCUGUAGUAACAGCAGACCAUGUCCUGAUGGAGGCCCAUGCCUGGAGUAUGGUGGCACAUACCUCUGCACCUGUCAAACCAGUGUCGACUUUGACCGCAAGGACUUCUACCCAUAUGUACAGCCCCAAUCAGCAUGUGAUUCCUCACCAUGUCAGAAUGGAGGAUAUUGCUAUGAGAAAGAUGGAGGCUACAACUGUGAGUGCAAACAUGGCUACAAAGGCAAGCGUUGUGAAAUAGUCAGAUUAAGUUUCUGUGCCUCUAGUCCCUGUCGUAAUGGAGGCUCUUGUGAAGAAGAAGGUGACAGCUACCGGUGUGUGUGUCCCCACCGUUUCACGGGGAAAUAUUGCGAAGUGGGAAGGCCUGAUCCUUGUGCUUCCAGUCCCUGUCUGAAUGGGGGAACUUGUUUCCACUACAUUGGUAAAUACAAAUGUGAGUGCUUUCCAUCUUUCAUCGGAAGACACUGUGAGAUCAACAGAGGAUCUGAUCCAGCUUUGAAAGGUCUGGACUGUGGCUCCGCUGUGAAAAUCAAGCAUGCUGAAGUACAAUAUUCCUCUACUACCCCAGGCUCUACUGCUUUGUAUACAUGCCACGCAGGCUAUACUGCCCUGCACAGGGCCACCCAGAGCACUUGCAGCAGCCAGGGGUCGUGGAGCCAACCUCCUGUCUGUGAAGAAAUAAAUGAGUGUUUGUCUCAGCCAUGUAUGAAUGGGGCAACUUGUCAAGAUAGAAUAGCCUUUUACCUUUGUGUGUGUGAGGAUGGUUUUACUGGUCCGCACUGUCAAACAGAUAUUGAUGAAUGCCUUUCUGAGCCAUGCAAGAAUGGAGCUACAUGUGAGGAUCAGCCUGGCUCUUAUUUCUGCCACUGCCAGCAUGGCUAUGCCGGGCAGGACUGUGAGAUUGAACAGGAUGUAUGCAAGCCAAAUCCUUGCUUGAAUGGAGGUGUGUGUCGAGGCUACGGGAGGACCCAUCUGUGUGUGUGUAAAGAGGGUUAUGUUGGAGACCGCUGCCAAACAUUAGAUAACCCGUGUGUACUGCAGCCUUGUGGGAACAGAGGCAUCUGUUCGAGUCAUAAGAGGGAUAACUACAGCUGUGCCUGCAGGGUGGGCCACACAGGGAGAGACUGUGAGAGAGACCUGUUGCCUCCAUCUGGCCUUCAUGUGUUGCGCGUAGAAGAAAAGGAAGUUGAGUUACGCUGGGAUAAGUCAGAUGCCACUCAAAAUUUGAUCAGUGGCUUUGCCAUUGUUUUUGCUCCAGUUGGUCGUGUACCGAGGAGGACAGACUUCCUAGAGAAGCAGCAUUCUACCUAUGUGCUGCAAGGCCUGAACCCCGGGGAGCUUUAUAAUAUCUCCGCCUUCUCAGUUAAACGCAACACCAACAGCAAUGACAUAAGCCAGCCUGCUUUCGCACUCAUUCGUACAAGGCCACGUAAGGUUGAACAUCUUGAGGUAGUGAAUGUGUCCUCCUCUCAGGUAUGGCUGCGCUGGCUGGUCCAGGUUAACCGCCACACUGCUGUCCGUCAGGUUCGAGUGUCCCUGGUGCCUGAGGAUGGAGGUAGACCUCGUACAGCUAUACUCAACAGCAAUGUUUCAGAGUACACCUUCAGCACACUGCUCCCAGGUCAGAUGUACACAGUAGACGUAGUUACACAAAGUGGUUUGCACCCUGAAGACCUGCCAUCAACCAGCAAAUCUGCUGGGCCACUCCACUUUUGGACUAGACCCCUCCCUCCUCAGAAUCUUUCCCUCUCCAGUAUCACAGCUACCUCGGCCCGGGUCACAUGGGACCGUCAUCCUCAAAGUCUUCCAGAUGGUUUCAUUGUAAAUAUUACUCAAGGCCUCUCAAUUCGUAGCCGGUAUCUGCCAGAUGGAAGCUUAGGGACAUAUACCCUUCGUGACCUUGCUCCAGGACAGCAUUGCCAUGUAGCCCUGACCUCUGUACACAAAACAGGCAAGGACAACAUUGAAAGUAUUCCUCAACAUCUAGCCUUCACCACAUUACCAAUUUUAAAGGACCAAAGUAGCGGUGACAGAGUUCAGGCAGGACAGAAUUAUCGGGUCGGACAGAUUUGGACACAAAUUAAAGAUGGAGGCACAGUUGACAACACAGAACCCUUCGAGGAUCCAUUAAAAUACACAGAGCUUAUUGAUGGUAGGGGAAGGAUUACAGCCAAAUUUACCAGCCUUCCACAUAAAACCAUCAGACACCGUACAAAGCCAGACCCUCCAAUUAGAUUGGAAAAGCUGGAGAAAACCACCAACAAGAUCAGUCUAGCUUUUGAAAUUCCAGAAGAAGUAACAAAGAAUAAAACUGAUUGCCAGCGUUUGUCUCAUCCAUGUACUCGGCUUUACUCUGAAACAAAGAGCGUGCCUGUGUGGGAAGAUGGUGUCUGCCAUUAUUUGUACAAAAGAACAUAUAAAGUUCAGCAGGAUGUUUGUUUUAGGGAGAUCUGUGAGCCUUUGCUCCCAACAAAAACUCCAAGAAACUGAAGGAAUUAUGAAUUUGGAAAGUAAUUGCUUCUCCGUGUCUCAAUUCAAAUGAGGAUGCGUUACCAACAUCAUUACCAUCCUAUUUUUGUAUCACUGUCCCUUUCAUUGACUGGAAUUGUUUUGGCUGUUUUGGUGUAUACAGCUAUUGACAUGUACUUGUUAUCUACUCCCUCAGGGAUUUUUUUUGUAAAUAGUUGUCUGUUCCGUAUCCAAAACUACAAGUAUCUUUCAUUCAAUUAUCUGAGCUGGUUAAAGCAUUCUCUUCUCCUACAGCAAGAUCACACAACAUACUGGAAGGAAAACAUUACACAUUUGUUUCAGUUUUUUAUGUGUAAAACUCAACUCUGCUAGCUACCAUGUAAAUAGUGUUUAGAUUAAUGUUUGAAGUUCAUUUUGAAUUAGUCCUGCUUUUGGUACCUUGAGAAAAAUAAAUCGUAUAAGGGGGAUAUGGGGGAAAGUAUGAAAGGGUGAAAGUCAGAUUUUGUACAUAUUUUUAACUAGUAAAUACCGACAAUAUUAAUGGGCAUUAUACAAUGGCUUUUGACAAUAUGCUCAAUGUUUUGUCAAUGUGUGUUAACAAAUGAGCCGACGCUAUACUGUACAUUGCCAUAAGAUGUCACUAUACUAUCAUAGAAUGUGAAGGGGGCUUUUAUCAUAAGCAAGCUCCAGAGAUGUUGUGGCAGCUAUGGUCGAAAUCUCGCCGGAUUCGCUAUAAUCCUACAGGCAAAUUUAACCCUAAACCUAAGAGAUUUUGGCCGUUGCUGUACACCAUCUAGCCUUA